AUAUCACUUCACCCUCCUUUUUGGUUUCAGGUGUGAUGUUACCGUCAUCGCUGUGGAGCACAACUAUAAGUAUCUAUCUCAAAUCCGCUUCUUGCUUCGCCUCAACCCAUCGCAUGGUCACAUGGAGUGCUCCCGCCUCUCCCUCUCCCUCCUCCUCCUCCUCCUCGUCCCCGUCCUGGCGUCGUCGGCCUCCAGCUUUCCCUUGUUCCCCCGUCCUCCCAGAAACGAGUGUGUCGGCCUUGACACAGGCUUUUCUACCGGGUUCCAGUUGGAGACGAGUGAAGAAGAAUCUGUGACGAGAGAGAUUGUGCGGCUAGCCAACGCUCCGGAGACAGUGGACUGGCUCAGGAAGGUGAGGAGGGACAUCCACGAGUUCCCGGAGCUCGCUCAUGAGGAGUUCGUGACGAGCGAAAGGAUCCGGCGGGAGCUGGACCUGAUGGGCAUCGCCUACAAGUGGCCGGUCGCCGGCACCGGGGUCGUGGCGACGAUAGGCACCGGGCUCCCACCCUUUGUGGCCCUCAGGGCGGACAUGGAUGCUUUGCCCAUCCAGGAACUGGUCGAAUGGGAGCACAAGAGCAAGGUGAAGGGGAAGAUGCAUGCGUGCGGACAUGAUGCACAUGUCAGUAUGCUCCUCGGGGCGGCGAAGAUCCUGCAGGGUCUGAGGCACACGUUGCAGGGAACUGUGGUUCUGCUAUUUCAGCCGGCAGAGGAGAAGGGUGUGGGGGCAUCGGAGAUGAUCCGAGAAGGCGCCCUGAGAGGUGUAGAGGCCAUCCUUGGCAUGCACGUCGCUUACAUCUUCCCUACUGGGGUUGUGGCUUCCAGGCCAGGGGAGUUCUUAGCUGGGUGCGGAAACUUCAGAGCCAUUGUGAGGAGGAGAAGCCUCGGUGUGAGUCGACAAGGAUCAACUGACCCCAUCUUGGCAGCUUCAGCAUCAGUGAUCAGCUUACAGAGUCUGGUCUCGAGAGAAGCCAGUCCUCUGGAGGCUCAGGUGGUGUCAGUAACCAAGGUAGAUGGAGGCGAUUCAUACAGCACUGUUCCCGAUUCAGUCACGAUUUCUGGGACAUUCAGGGUCUUCAGCAAGAGAAGCUUCAACGAAAUAACCAGCAGAAUCGAAGAGGUCAUAAGAGCACAAGCAGCAGUGUACCGGUGCACGGCGGAGAUCGAGUUCCUGGAGUCGGAGGAGCCACCGAUCCCGCCCACAGUGAACGACAGGGCGAUCCAUGAGUACGUGCAGCAAGUGUCGAGAGAAGUGGUGGGAGAGAAGAAGACACGAGUAGCUCCACAGGUCAUGGGCAGCGAGGACUUCGCCUUCUUCCUGGAGGAAGUACCGGGGACGUUGCUGCUAAUAGGGACGUACAAUGAGAGGAUUGGCUCCAUUCACCCACCACACAGCCCUUACUUCACCAUCGACGAGGACGCUCUGCCCGUCGGUGCAGCCAUCCAUGCGGCCUUCGCACACUUCUAUCUUCUCAAGUCAGCCAAUGGCGCUGCAGACUGACGGAUCCAUCUCCACUUCUGAUAACAUCACAUCACAUCAUCAUCAUCUUCUUCGGACUGUGAGUCUGAGAUUGCGCUGCACAUAUGGUUGGAGAGUUCCUUUCAUUCGUUAAAUUGAGAUCGUAAUGGGGCGAGUUCUGCACCAUCUACUUGUAUUGGAUGAGGACGAAUCAUCCAAGAGGAGGAGGAGGAGGAAGCCUCAGCUGUGGCCUACUUGGAUUUGUUUCCCUUUUAUUUGCGUGGUGUUUGCUGCAACCCAUGCUUUUGAUCUCAGCCUGCUGUCGUUACCGCACCUCUCAUUCAAUGAAUUUUUGGAGUGGGCGAUGAUGUCCUUCCGAGACAAUUAAUCUUCAUUUCAACAACAAA